CAAAAUCCCGAACUCAUUAUUUUUAUCAUCAUAUUGCAGAAGCUUAUUCUAAGAAUAAAACAUCUAUAAGCUCCUCCGUGAUUUCGUCCCCUCUCUAAUUUGUCAUUUUAUUAUCUAUCUAUCCAUAUGGCUGCUACUUCUGCUACAGAAAACAGAACACGUGAGGGAGUUGGAGGUGGUGCCGAAGAGAAACCAAUUCCACUUCAUGAGAAUGUUAUGCAGAAGCACGCUGCAUUCUUUGACAUCAAUCAUGAUGGUGUUGUUUAUCCAUGGGAAACUUAUAAAGAAUUUCCAUCUCCACUUUUACCAAUUGAAGUGAAGAACAUACAAUUCGGUAAACAUGGAAGUGACACUGGUGUCUAUGAUACCGAAGGAAGGUUUGUUCCUUCAAAAUUUGAAGAAAUUUUCAUUAAGCAUGCACAUACAUAUCCAAAUGCUUUGACAUAUGAUGAGUUGAAGGAGAUGAUAAAGGCCAAUAGACAGCCAAAAGAUUUGAAAGGAAGGAUUGGGAGUUUUGUUGAAUGGCACCUCUUGUACAAGAUUGGUAAAGACAAGGAUGGACUCCUACAGAAAGAAACUAUCCGAGGCGUUUAUGAUGGUAGCGUCUUUGAAAUACUGAAAAAGGAGCAUUCGUUGGACAAAAAGAACUGAUUAAUCAAAAUCCAUUUGAUAUAAUAAUAAUGAUCAUUUAUGUCUUUGGAUAAAAAUGUAGAUGUUGUAUAAGGUACAAAGAUUGAUAUUUUAAGAAUUGAUCCCUAUAAUGGAAUAAAAUGUUUAGUAUUCCUUUAUACAUUAUAUGUUUUUAUU